AUGAUCGGACGCAAAUGUUGGUGACAAAAUUUCCAAAUCUUGAACCCCCCACACGAAGCCCUCGCGUUCCAGAUUUCAAAUCCGAAACUCUCAAUCCUGCAAUCGUCAAUUUCGUUCCUUGAAUCUCAAUUCAGAAGCUGACAAGAAACGUGUGAAAUUGAGAGAUACGAAAAACCCUAGUUUUCGUUUUCGGGAUGGCGUCGGGGAAGAAAGCGUCAGAGGGCAUAGCUUUACUCUCCAUGUACGGUGAUGAGGAGGAUGAUGAAAUGGAAGACCUCGAAGAACUUAAAGAAAAAGAGCAAGAAGAAGAUGAAAAUCCCAUAAACGACGCCGCUGCAGAAGAGGACGACACUGUUAGUAACAGUGUGGUUGCUUCUGAUUCCGGCACUGAAAAUACUCCUUGGCUACAAGAGGAGCGUGGUGGUCUGAAUGACAAUUCUACCCCCAAUAAGACCUUUUAUUCUGGCGGCACUUCUUCGGCAACUACAACUUCGCAGCAGCCGCCUCUCUUUUCCCCUGAACAACAACAGCAACAGAAUGUUGGUUCGGAUUUGAAUUCGGUCCAGUCUCAGAAAAAUAUGUUUAAUAUAGUGGAUUACGGGCACGACGAGGUGGCAAUGUCCCCUGAAGCCGAGGAAGGUGAAAUAAUGGAAACUGGUCAGGUAAAGUAUGGGGAGGAGCAUCAAAUGGCGAAUGGUGAGUUCCGGGAAAUAACUUCACCAGGAAUAGUUCAACUCCUGACGCCUAGCACUCAAGCAACACCUCCUCAAUUAUUGAAACCAAUUGAUCAGCCAGGUUCAGAUGCGGUAAACUAUGUUGCAAACGAAGCAGAAGUUACAGAGACUGAAGGCACUGUUAUGAUUUCUGCAGAAGAGCCAAAAGAUCCACUGGACAAGUUUCUCUCCCCACCCGCAAAGGAUAAAUGCUCAGAUGAACUGCAAGAGAAAAUAAUCAGGUUUCUUGCACUAAAGAAAACUACUGGAAGAAGUUUCAAUUCAGAAGUGCGUAAUCGAAAGCAAUACCGGAACCCUGAUUUUUUGUUGCAUGCAGUGACUUAUCAAGAUAUUGAUCAGAUAGGAUCUUGCUUCAGUAAAGAUGUAUUUAACCCUCAUGGAUAUGACAAAAGUGACUUCUAUGAUGGGAUAGAGGCUGACAUGAGGCGUGAAAUGGAGCGGAAGGAGCAAGAGAAGAAGAAGAAUCAAAAAGCAGAUUUUAUUUCUGGAGGAUCACAGCCUGGAAUAGUUGUCCGUACGCCAAAAAUUAACAUGCUAAUUCCAGGUUUAGCCACUGUUCCUGGUGGUGUGUUAAAUGCAGUUCAAGCUUCAGUAGAUUCUGUAGGUCGGGAUGGUAGACAGAACAAAAAGUCGAAGUGGGAUAAGGUGGACAGCGAUCAAUGGAAUUCUCUGAUCAGUGGAGGGCAUGAUUCUUUGUCUACUGUGGACGCACACUCAGCAUUGCUAUCUGCUUCUAAAGCUGUUAGUGGAUACUCUGCUUUUGCGCAACAAAGACGGAAGGAGGCAGAAGAUAGGCGAUCCAGUGACCGAAAGUUGGAGAGAUGAUCUUAGAGUUGACAUUCUUGUCUGCAGCUUGAGAUUCAAAUAUCAAAGGCACUAAUGUGAAGAGGGUAGAAUUGAUUUGAUUAUUUCCUGUAUAUAUCGUUCCCUUUUCUUUUACAACCAAAAUCAAAAUCCAUAUCUCCAAUAGUUCCGUUCUUCCCCAUCCACCCUGUGAAAAGGGCCAUAUUUGUUUCAGACGGGCAAUUUGCUUCCUCAAUGUUCACUCCUCAUGUUAUCACGAGUUAUACCUGGAUAUUUUUCGUGGAGAGUGAAUUCUAAGAAUUUACAAAUGCAUUAUGUACUUGAUAUUCAAUGUGUAGUUAUUUUUCCUACUGAAUGAGUUCGGGUAGUAGUCUUUCCAGAUAGAAGUCUACUGGAUUGACCGGUAUGUGUUGAGUUUCAGUUUCCCAAUAUGAACGAUUUUCGUUGUUUUA